UGCAGUUCACUAUAUGCUGGGGUUCUUGCUAGAUCACCCACCACUGUUUUCUAUAAAUCCUCGCACACAUCUUUCCAGAUAUUUGUUGGGGUUUAUUUAUCAGGCCCCUUGACAACUAAAAUUUUAUUCAUGCUCUUGUUCUUAGAGUGAAAUUCAUUUCCACAUUUGUAAGUCAAACUGUAUAACGUUAUUUUUGUGGACUAAUGACUUAACACACAGGUAGGGUGUUUCUGGUGAUCCGUCUCCCCGUGUACAGUGCAGAGCGUGAUGUGUCUAAUAUAAGAGAAAACAGGUAGAAAAGAAUGAAUUCCCAGGCCUCUAAGUGUUCAGACUUUGGAUGCUACCUUGAGUGAGGAGAUGGUGCCGUUACAGGGGAUGGUGACCUUUGAGGCUGUGGCCGUGAGCUUCACCCGAGAGGAGUGGCAGGACCUGGACGACGCUCAGAGGACCCUCUACUGGGACGUGAUGCUGGAGACCUACAGGAGCCUGGUGUCCCUGGGUCGUUGAGUUAUGAAGCCUGAGCUGAUGAUCAGAAUGCAGCAAGGAGCAGCCAUGGGCUGGGGAAGGACCCCCAGAUCAGACCCUGUCAGGCACUGGCGACAGUCCGAAGCGCGGGGGGGUGAGAUAAUUCUCCAGAGCCAGAGCGGGGAGCAGAACAGGCAGACUGAUGAGUUGUUACGUAGAGAGCUUUGGAUGGGGAUGUCAGGACCCAUGAGCAAGUCCCGCCAGUCUUUUCAUGUCUCUACUCCCCUCACAUUCUCUCCAAGCUCCGCUUCCAGAGUCCUCUGUGUGUUACUGAGAGCAGCACAUGAUGAACAAACCUAUGUAAUAUUGUAACAGGGUGGUCCCCAGGAAAGGGGGAGGUUCCAGGUUCCCUGCCCCACCCAAGGGAGGGUGGAGCUGAGCAGGAAGAGGAGAAGCUGCAGAAGAGACUGAGGAAGGAAGCAGGAUGGAGCCAGGAGACCUGGAGGAGGCGCAUGGAGCCUAGAGACACGUGAAGAAACUGCGCUUGUCUUUUGGUCGUGGACGGGGUGACACAGAUGUGGGUCUUCUAACUCAGGCUGAUUGAGGAGAAACGAACCAUUGCAGGAGAUGGUGACCUUUGAGGAUGUGGCCGUGUCUUUCACCUGGGAGGAGUGGCAAGACCUGGACGAUGCUCAAAGGACCCUCUACAGGGAUGUGAUGCUGGAGACCUACAGGAGCCUGGCGUCCCUGGGGUGCUGCGUGACCAAACCUGAGGUGAUCGUCAGGCUAGAGCAAGGAGCAGAGCCGUGGACUGUGGAAGCACUCCCACACCAUAGCCUCUCAGAUGUCCAAACUGGGGGUGACUUGAUUGAGAAAAACGAGGAAAACCAGGGCAGACAUUUCUGGAAAAUUGACUUCACCCACAGCAACUCAUCAAGUAAGGAGAAUACAAGCAUAGGAGCAACAUUUAAUUUGAGCUCAAGCCAUGUUUCAAAACUGAUGAUAAGUAACAGAAACUAUUCUGGAAUGACGCCUGAGGAGUUUAAUGUAUGUAAGAUGUUUCUCCCUGGUGAGUCUGAUGAGAUGCACACUGCAGAAAAACAUGGGGGCCGAAAUAUAUCUCGGAAACCCCUCAGAUACCAUGAGCAUCGUGUUCUUCAUCACGUGAUUCAAACUAUGCAGCAACCUUUUGAGUUUAGUGGACAAGGGAAAGCCUUCAAUAAGAAGGAACGAUUAUUUGCACAUAGAAGGACUGUAACAGGAGACACCACUUAUAAGUAUAAUAAAUUUGGGAAAGCUUAUGAUAAGUCAGCUCUCAUUACCCAAGAGGAAAUGCAUGUAGGCGAGACUCCUGGUAGAUAUAACAGAUGGGGAAAAAUCUCUUCUGAAAAACCAACAAAGUUGAGUCUUCCUAGAGCUCAUUUUGAAGACCACAGAUGUAAUCUAAGUGGGAAUGAUUUCAGCAAGAAAUUGUGCUUCACUCAGUUUCAGAGAUCUCAAGGAGGAGAAACUGAGUAUAAUGUAUGUAGUGAUACUUUCUGUAAGAUCAUGAAUCUCAAACAGAAAAAAUAUAGCAGUGACAAACUCUAUGAAUGUGAAGAAUGUAGGAAAAUUUUCUAUCAUAAGUCAGCCCUCAGUAGACAUCAUAGAACUCACACAAGAGUAAAACCCUAUGAAUGUAAAGAGUGUAGGAAACCUUUCUACUGGAAGUCAGCCCUCACCAGGCAUCAGAUAAUCCACACAGGCGAAAAACCCUAUGAAUGUAAAGAGUGCAGUAAAACUUUCAACUGGAAAUCAGCCUUCACUGUACAUCAGCAAACUCAUAGAAGUGAGAAACCUUAUGAAUGUAAGGAAUGUGGGAAAACUUUCUACCACAAGUCAUCCUUCAAUAGACACCAGCGAAAUCACACAGGAGAGAAACCCUAUGAAUGCAAUGAAUGUAUGAAAACUUUCUGCUACAUGUCAGAACUCACUGUACAUCAGAGAAUUCAUACAGGAGAGAAGCCCUAUGAAUGUAAAGAAUGUAGGAAGAUGUUCUCUCAGAAGGCAGAACUCACUGUUCAUCAGAGAACACACACAGGAGAGAAACCCUAUGAAUGUAAAGAGUGUAAGAAAACUUUCUCUCAAAAGUCAUCUCUCACUGUCCAUCAGAGAACUCACACAGGGGAGAGACCCUAUGGAUGUAAAGUAUGUAGGAAAACUUUCUACCAGAAGUCAAACCUCACUGCACAUCAGAGAACACACACAGGAGAGAAACCCUAUGGAUGUGAACAAUGUUCGAAAACGUUCUACUCGAAGUCAGAGCCUUCCUCACUAGAAUGA